GACGCGCUUCGGACAAGUCUGUGCGAAUUGUAGGUAAAGUUAAUCGCAAAAGAUCGGGAUUGUACGAAAUUUCGCGUUGUAGUACUGUACUACUUUUCUCUACGUUCUAACCUAAUUUAUCGUAACGUGUGGUGUAAAGUAUUCCGAACACGGUGACGAGCUCAAGUCGAGUUAACCAAACAUGCAUUCGUUCCGUUCAUACGCGACAUACGUGCGCGAUGAUAAAAAUGACGAUGAUACUGCAUGGGGGAAGACAUCGUGUUAUAAUCAGAUGAUGAACGUUAUUUCUUUUUCGUAACAGACGUACGAAACGUGAAACGUCAGUCGUAAACAGUCUCUCGAGAAGGAAGUGCGUGUAUGUGUACGUGAGGAAGAAACGAGUCGUUUUUAGACAUUUUUCACCAAGGAACCUGCCAGAGUAGUUUCAAGACAGCGAUGCGGCGCAGAAGCAUCGGGGAUCCGCUUGGUGAGUGGAGCCGGGGCCAGAUAGGCAGCCUGUCCCGAUCGAUACGCGGCUAGUCGAUCAGCAUGAAGCUGCAAAACUUGAGCGGCGGUGGGUCCAGGUGCGCCAGACGCGCUCUGCUGUUCGUGUUCGCUUGGGGCCUGCUGAUGAUCGCGGCGGUGCAGUUUCAUCACAUGGAGAACAGCCUGAGGGAGACGCCGACGGCCGAGGAGUCGUCCAACGAGUUCCUCCUCGACGACAUUUACCGUCGACGCGAGCUGAUGAAGAAUCGCGGCUCCUCCAGCCUCGGCCUCUCCAGAUACCUGUUGCAGAGAUCCUCCGCGGACUCGAGUUUCUCGAAUUCCGGCGGCUCCAGCCUUCUCACCACCCUGACCACCAUGUCCAACAACCCGACGAGGAAUCCGCUGGCGUUGGAACCGUUGCUGGACAAGAGGCCGGCGAAAACGGAGGAGGAGCUGAUCGAGGAGAUCGAACAGAGGAUACCCAGCCUGCCUUUGGCCUACUGGAACAAGAACAGCAAAUACUCCGGGGGCCAGGCGAAGGUCAAGGGGAACUAUAGCUGUUCGAACCUCAAGUAUCCAUCCAUCUACGACAUAGAGUUCAACAACGUUUACUGGCAAACGAUGCAGACGAGCAACGGCACGUUCCAGCUGUUCGGUGCCUAUUACGACCGUCGAAAGUUGUCCAGGAUUGGUCCAGCGGUUCGGAUCGUCGGGAUGAUCGACAGGAUCGAGCCGAUCGUGAAGACUCACUGCCAGCUGUGGUACGACGGGCAAAGGGAGCCGGUUGUCGUCGAGACCCUCGAGUACAAGUACAUCUGGUAUCCGAAAUGGGGUAACUACAAACAGGGGAUCUAUCAGCCGUACGUGAUUGCCUGCAAGAUCCCUCAGUCCCACUGGUCCAAGGGCCCUCCCGCCUCGGUGUCCAUGGUGGAGAAGAGCUGCGACACACCCAGCAACAAUCUACGUGUCAUAUACAACAAGCCGGAACGCAAGAAGGACUUCGCCGUGUGCGUGAAGGGUCUGGACUUCCUUCACGAGGAUCUGUCCGUGAGACUGGUCGAGUGGAUAGAGCUGAUCAGUCUGCUGGGCGCGGACAAGAUCUUCUUCUACCAGCUACAGGUUCAUCCGAACGUGACGAAGAUUUUAGACCACUAUCAGAGGUUAGGGAUGGUCCACGUGACUCCUCUGACACUGCCCGGCGGGCAACCGAACGUCCCUGCCUUUCAACACAUGUAUCUGACCAAGAAGACCAAUCACAAGAGGCAGAACGAACUGAUCCCUUACAACGACUGCCUGUACAAGCACAUGUACGAGUACGAGUACAUCGCGCUGCUGGACGUGGACGAGGUGAUCAUGCCGGUGAAAGACGCCACGUGGCAGGAUCUGAUGAAGAGGGUGAUGGAGAAAGCGCUGAAGAUUAGGAACGAGACCAGGGCCUCGUACAACGUGAGGAACGUGUACUUUCUGGAUGAUCUGCUGCACUCGCACGGGUUCUUCAAAGACAUACCAAAGUACAUGCACAUGCUGCAGCACGUCUACCGUUCCCAAAACUUCACGAAACCCAAUCAGUACAUCAAGUGUUUCCACAAUCCGGAGAGGGUGGUGACCCUGCACAAUCACUUCCCAUUGGCCUGCCUGGGCGCCGGAUGCACCAGUUACCCAAUACAGACCGAGGACGCUCAGCUCCAGCAUUACAGAGCCGACUGCGUGAAAUCGUUGAAGAAGACUUGCGUCCAGUAUCGCGAGAACAGCGUGUUGGACACCACGAUAUGGCGGUAUAAGGACCAAUUGGUCGAGAGAGUCACCAGGACGUUGGAGGCUCUUGGUUUCUUCGGGCCGAGCUAGCGAGAGUCAGAAGACUCGUUGAGCUUCAGUUCCACCCUGCGUGCUAUCGACGACGAAGCGUUUGGAAAUCGUUUGGAAUCGAAUUUCGCUUCGUUCGUCUCGUUCCUCCUUCCAUCGAUUUCCAUUCUGAAAAUGGUCCAACGCGUGGAGAAGUUUGCUGCCCUCGAAUGCGGCUCGGGAACACGGUUUGCUUCGACAGGGAGUUUCUAUCAGUUUCUCUGUUAUCUUACCGAUAAAGUAGAUAUCUUCUUGAACCGUACAUUCCAUUCAGAUGAAUUUCUUUUCUACGUGGCGACUCGCGUGAAAUUUUCUUGAAACCAAAGGUCGACGCAUCGAAUUAUCAACAGGCGUUUGUAUUAUAUUUUUUUGUUCUUGUAAAUAUUUCCAACGAAUAAUCUGUUCGAAAAUUAUUAUCGCUUGCAAAUAAUCUGUUCGAAGACUAUCAUACAGAGUGAGCUGAAGUCUUCUUCUUACCUAUUUUCUUUUUUAACGAAACAUCCAGAUAUAAGAAAAAAACUAAUUUUAUUGAUAUUAAAUUAA